UUCUGCCCCCGCCGCCGCCUCCCGACCUGCCGCCGCCUCCGCCACCACCGCCACCGCCGCCAUCUCCGCCGCCGUCCCCACCUCCAUCGCCACCGCCGCUGCCUCCGUGGGGUUCUCCGCCUCCCGUGCACAACGCAGGCCCCCAGACCCAGAGCAGGAGCCGCACUCGGGCGCAGGGCGCGGGCAUGGCGGACGGCGGCGGCGCGGGCGUGGGGGGCGGCGGCGGCGCGGGCCCGGCCUCGGCAGGGGCGGCGGCGGCGGCCGGGGCGGGCGGGAGCGGCGGCCCCAGCAACCCCGCCUCGCUGCCGCCGGGAGACCCGCAGCUUAUCGCGCUCAUCGUGGAGCAGCUCAAGAGCCGCGGCCUGUUUGACAGCUUCCGCCGGGACUGCCUGGCGGACGUGGACACCAAGCCAGCUUACCAAAACCUGAGGCAAAAAGUGGAUAAUUUUGUGUCGACACAUCUGGACAAGCAGGAGUGGAAUCCUACGAUGAACAAGAACCAGUUACGAAAUGGGCUGAGGCAGAGUGUGGUUCAAAAUACAGAGAGUUGUGAUGAGCAAGGAAAAGCCGGUAUUGAAGGGAUGCCUGGCACAGUUUUUCCUGGAGCAUCCACGAGCCAGCAGUUACAGAGGUCAGGAAUGCUGGAAGCAGGAGUAGACAGGAUUAUUUCUCAGGUGGUGGAUCCAAAACUCAACCACAUCUUCAGGCCACAGAUUGAACGAGCGAUUCAUGAAUUCCUGGCGGCCCAGAAAAAAGAAGCUGUGCCAGCACCUCCUCCUGACCCAGAGAGCCAGGACCUGCCUGCCCCGUCCCAGGACACUUCCUAAGAAUAUUCCUGGCACCUUUUGAAAACUCCAUUUAAUUAAUGGUGAAGAAAUGGAUCCCUGUUCCGAGAGAGCAUGACUUCAUCCGGCUGGGGGCUUCUGAACUCAAGAUUUCUACCCUGACUGUGGGGCAGUGUCCAGAUAGGACAGGAGCAAGCUUGGCAGUGGGAACUCUGUCUGUGGGUGCCCCUUCCUUGGGCUGCCACUGGCCUGUUUGUCCAGGGGUGUGGCACCCAGUACACACUACAGAGUAUGAACACUACAGCCGCUGGGAUGGUUCCCAGACAGCUUUAUACUUGAACAAGGAGACUGCACAUGGACUUUAGGGUUUGUGCUCUGGGAUGACUAGAGGCUACCACGGAAGACCCUAACCAGUCCCAGAGGUAAUUCAGAGAAUAGGGACUGUAAAGCUUAGUGGGGCUUAGGCAUCUGACAGCGCUCGUCCAAUACCUUUCUCAAAGUUCCAGACUAUGUGUACAAGCCCUUAGCAUCAGAUAGCCUUAAAGUUGGUUGUGACCUUCUUGUCUGUGACUCUUCUAGCCAGUUUCCUCCCCGUGUCAGAGGUAACAGAAGGUGGAAACUUAGAGUGAACAAGAAGGCCGAGACAUCAGGCAUAAGAAAAAUGUUUGCAGGUUUCCUGUGCAGGGCUGCUUCCUGUCCUCCAAGGCUGGUGAGCCUUGGAUGCGUUUGUUUUUUAGAAAAGUAAAUUAUCAGUAAAUGGCGUUAAGUUUUGUAAUAAAAUCAUUUGAUACUCUG